AUGAUAUCUCUUAGGAAACUUCCUCUAUUCAUCUUUGUUGUAUACUCCUGGCAAUGUUUCGGCAACUAUGUGAGUGCAUUAAGCACGUUAGAUGAUAGCACUUCCAUGGAAAGUCUAUUUACGAAAGUGCAAAAGACCAAAUUUCCCCACCAUAAUGGUCAUCAUCAUCAUAAUGAUGGUUAUGGUGGUCAUAAUGACAGCAUGUCUACCCUUUCGAGCAGUGUAGACACCAUUUUUAAAAAAGAAGGAAUUCGUACAAAUUAUAAAGCCUCAUACAAGGCACCACAUAAAACACUCUAUGAAGCACUACAUGAAAUCCCAUAUAGAGCCCCACAUGAAGUGUCAUAUAGAGGCCCACAUAAAGUCCCAUAUAAAGCCCUACAUGAAUUCUCAUAUAGAGCCCCACAUGAAGUGUCAUAUAGAGGCCCACAUAAAACUCUCUUCGAUGCACCGCAUAUGGCACGAUAUGGACGAAUGAAAAUUCGACCUAGAGGAUUUUUUAAUAAAUUGCUAUACAAUAUAGAGAAAAUUAAAAGAACAGGAGCAUUGUUAUCCCCUAAGGUAAUUCGCAUAUCGCUCUUAUAUAUAUUAGCUUUGUUUUGUAUAGGUUUGAUUGUGGUCCUUCCUAUAGGUCCCCAAACACCUUUUGCAUGGAUGACUUGUGGUAUGGCAAUUUCUGUAUUAAUAGCAUGUAUAUAUUCUAGUGUUCGGAUUGCAAUAAAAUAA